AUGGCCGGGAACAAGGCAAGCGACACCACGUCACCAUAUUAUCUGAAUUCCUCUGAUAACCCUGGUAACGUGCUGGUCUCUUAUCUUUUCAAUGGAGAUAAUUACCCGACGUGGUCGCAUGCAAUGAAGAAUGCAUUGUGCGCCAAGAACAAACCGGGGUUUGUCGAUGGAUCUAUGAAGGAGCCAAGUCAAGAUGCUCCUGAGUUCGAGGCAUGGGACAUCUGCAACUCCAUGAUUAUUUCAUCAAUUUUCAACUCCCUCAACAAGAGUUUGCAUGGGAGUGUAGCCUAUGUUGAGAAAGCAAAAGAUAUGUGGGAUGAUCUUCAAAAGAGGUUCUCCCAAGGGAACGCACCGAGAGCACACCAAAUCAAGACGGAGAUAAGUUCUCUCCACCAAGAGGGACUCACGGUGGCGAGUUACUACACCAAACUGAAGGGCAUGUGGGAUGAAUUGGAGAAUUACUCUGCUAUUCCCAAGUGUACCUAUGAAGCGGCUAAAGAAUAUGCCAAAGAAAAGGAGAUUCACAGCAAAGAACAAAGAGCUGAAGCAAUUGCCUUUCAUGUGAGCAGCAGCAACAAAGAAAAUUUUAAAUUCAAGCCAGGUGAGAAGACCAAAUGCGAGCAUUGCGGGAAGAUUGGUCAUGAGAAGACCAAAUGCUGGGAGUUGGUGGGCUAUCCAGCAGAUUGGGAGUCUCGACGUGGUGGAAGGAGCAAGAAGAAUGGUGGUGCACGAGUUACUGCACAUGCGGUGCAAAUUGUUAAUGAUGCCUCGUCACUUCCAAUUGCAGCACCAUAA